AAUACAUCAACGCCAACUUCAUGCAAUAUACAGUUUAGUGUAUUUUUUGUUAUAUUCAUUGUGAACUUAAUAACCGGUGAAAAAACCGGCUAAAGAAAAUAAAUAUUUGAGAAAAUUCUAUUUUCUACAUCACAGCCACAAGUUUAUUUCUGCGAAACAUGGCAGCCACAAACAGUACCGCUGACGUUAACAUCGAUCCUUCGGGUACAUUCAAAUACAUUUUACUCGAGGCCAAAACAACUGAUGGUGGGAAAAAAUUACUAGUUCGAGGCUACGAAGAAUGUCCUUAUCACAGCGACAUUUACGAUAAAACUGUUUCCGAAUUAAAAUGUAAAGAAAAGAAUUUAAAAUGUUUGGGUGGGGGUCGUAUUAAACGUGAAAACGGGAGUAUUCAUGUUUAUGGGUAUUCUCAAGGAUAUGGAAAGGCUGAUCAUACGGUAACGGUAGAUAUUUUGAAAAAACAGUUUGCCGAUCAUAAAAUUACUUGGAGUGAUGAAGGAUACUAAAUUUCGGAUUCGGAUUCGUAAUUAUUAAAAAAUUAUUUUUA